CCUUUUUUUUUUCUUUUCUUUUUUCCUAAUAAUUUAUAUUCUCUUUAUUGACACACACACACACACAAUAAAUGGCAAGUUUGGAACCAAUGAGAUUCAUGUUAAAUGGCAUAUUUGCUGUUUAUAAGCCUAGAGGAUGGACUUCAAGAAAAGCAACAGAUGCUGUUCAAGUUGAAUUAUCUAAAUUACUAUGGGAGAAAACAAAUGAAAGCCAACUUUCUUCUGCCCCUUAUAUAAAGAAAAAAAAAAUGAUCAAGAUAGGUCAUGGAGGCACUUUGGUAAUUUAAUCAUUCAUAAAACACAAGUAAAAAGAAAAAACUAAUUAAACAAAAAAAUAAAAUAAAAUAAAAUAAAAUAAAAGGAUCCUUUAGCUGAAGGCGUUC